CCUCCUGGCGGGCUGGGCGCAUGCGCGGCGGCCGCGACGCGGCGUGCGUGCGUGCGUACGUACGUCGGUGCGUGCGGCGGAUCGCCAUGGAGGCCUCGGCGGGCAGCGGCAGCGGGAGGCGCUGGUACUUUACGCGCGAGCAGCUGGAGCGCAGCCCCUCGCGCCGCGCCGGCCUGGACCCCGACAAGGAGCUGUCGUACCGGCAGCAGGCGGCCAACCUGCUGCAGGACAUGGGCCAGCGCCUCAACGUCUCGCAGCUGACCAUCAACACGGCCAUCGUCUACGUGCACCGCUUCUACAUGGUGCAGGCCUUCACGCAGUUCCACCGCAACUCCGUGGCACCGGCAGCCUUGUUCUUGGCAGCCAAGGUAGAGGAACAGCCUCGUAAGCUAGAGCACGUUAUCAAGGUGGCACACGCCUGUUUGCACCCCCAGGAUCCUCCCCCAGACACUAGGAGUGAGGCUUACCUGCAACAAGCCCAAGACCUGGUCAUUCUAGAGAGCAUUAUACUGCAGACCCUGGGUUUCGAGAUCACUAUCGAUCACCCCCAUACCCAUGUGGUGAAGUGCACGCAGCUAGUGCGAGCCAGCAAGGAUUUGGCACAAACUUCCUACUUCAUGGCUACUAACAGCCUGCACCUGACCACCUUCAGCCUGCAGUACACCCCUCCCGUUGUGGCCUGCGUCUGUAUCCACCUGGCUUGUAAGUGGUCCAACUGGGAGAUCCCAGUCUCCACGGACGGGAAGCACUGGUGGGAAUACGUUGAUGGCACUGUAACUCUGGAGCUCUUAGAUGAGCUGACUCAUGAGUUCCUGCAGAUCCUCGAGAAAACUCCGAACCGACUCAAACGCAUCCGGAACUGGCGGGCCUCUCAGGCAGCCAAGAAAUCCAAGCCCGAUGACCAAGGAGAGGAUGACAGCCUCUCGGAGCAGACGAUCCUCAGCAUGAUCUCCAGGAACAACAGCUCGGACAUGAACAUCGCGGGCUUGAUGAGCAUGUCGACUUCCUCCACCGCGGGUGCUGCAUCUUGCCUCCCAGCUGCUGCAGACUCGCCCAGCUCCCAGGGCGGCUUGGAGAUGUCGCAGUCAGACCACUGGAUGUCCCAGCACCCGCCGCACAAACUAGAGGCCAGCCAAGGUCACAGGACUAAUGAAGGUGCAGCAGCCGCCGACCACCCUCUGCAGCAGGAUGGCACCACGUACCAGAAGCAGGGCAGCAAGAGUGCACCCUCGGCAAAGGUGUCACUGAAGGAGUACCGGGCCAAGCAUGCCGAGGAGCUGGCCGCACAGAAGCGGCAGCUGGAGAACAUGGAGGCCAAUGUGCGGUCUCAGUAUGCCUAUGCCGCGCAGAACCUGCUGGUGCAGCAGCAGCGGGAGCGGGAGGCACAACCUGAGGGCACACCCUCCCCCAUCAUCCUAAAGAUCCCUAUUGGUGGCUCAGAGAGCGCAGAGCGCCCUGCUGCCGACAAGGGAGACAAGGCUUCUGCCCUCAAGCUAAGGAUCCCUGUGGCCGGCGGCGCCGGAGACAGGCCGCUGCCCUCCAAGCCUGAGGAGAUUAAAAUGCGGAUUAAGGUGCCGGCCGCCUCAGACAGGCACAGCUCCUCAGACGAGAGCAGCGGGAAGAGCCGUGACCACAAGGAGAAGCACAAGGGCCACUCCUCUAAUCACCACCACCACCAUCACAACCACCAUAUUCACAAACAUUUGCACGUGCAGCCAGCAGCCAGCACCAGCAUUGCCGGGAACAAGCGGCCUGGAGACUUGAAGCAUAGUGGCCAGCAGAGUGCCGGGCCUCACAAGGGGUUUGGCUUGUCUGGCUCCGCUCGAAAGAGGCCGCUUCUGGAGGAGGUGUCAACUGUAGUGCACGAGCACCCACCAAAAAUCAGUAAAAGCUCCAAAACUUCUGGCAUGCAGUUCUACCCCCACCUCCCUGGCGCGGCUCAGCUACCUGGGCACAGCUCAGACACCCCUGGCCUUCCCUUGCCCCAGGCUGGCAAAGCCAGGGGUGCCCACAGUAAAACAGACAAAGGUCCUGCCGGGGCCAAUGGCCACAACGCAACCCAGGCCAUUGACUACCAGGAUACAGUCAGCAUGCUGCACUCACUGCUGAGUGCCCAGGGUGUGCAGCCCACCCAGCCCCCUGCUUUCGACUUUGUGCACUCGUACACCGAGUACUUGAAUCCGCGGGCUGCUGGGAGCGCCAGAGCCGCCAACACGGACAAACCCCGACCGCCCCCUCUGCCAUCAGAACCCCCCCCACCCCUGCCGCCACUCCCCAAGUAGAGCCCUUUUUACUACUGAGUUUGUACAGACGAGCCUGCUCGCCCCGGCCUGGACUCAGGCCAGCUCCUGCAGGGGAGGGAAGGGGCUGUUUUAACUUCCACUGCCUCACAAAGACCUGUUAAUUAUCGUUUUUAUUAUUGGGAUUUAGAGCGCAGUCCUCCAAGCUGUGAAAGAAUAAGAAACACCCUUUCUCUGUUCCACGCUCCUUCCCCCCCCCCUUCCCUCCCCCCCCAAAUCCCACUGGAAUCGCUGGGGUCUGUCCCCUCUUGGAACAAAGCCCCGACCAGGGUUCGUGUCCCACAGGGGCCGGGGCACAGGGGUAUUUAAAACAUGUCGCAGAAUCUCUUAAAGACUUUUUUAAAAUAAUUUAAACAGUAAGUUAUAUCUGUUAGUGUUCUGUUCCUUUUCAUUUUGUAACUGGUGGGGCGGGGGCUGCUGCAGGAGGCCGCUUCUGAAGGCUCUGGCUGGCUGGUCCCCAGCCCUCCCAGAGCAGCUUAUGAGAGGGGGAAUGUGAGGUUGCUCCAGGCACGGCUGGCAAUGAAGAGGGGGACGGGUUGACACGAGGGAGGCACGAGAUGUGCCUAAGGAGAGCCCUGCAGCUGGCGGCAGCACGGUCUGGUAAAUGGGGCGGGUAGGGGACAGCUCUGCCACUGACUGCUGGUGUAACCCUGGGUGUGGUGUCUUGCCUUCCUCUGCUUCCAUUUUCUCACAUGUAGAAUGAGGUUCCUGCUGCUCCGCCCUCGUAAAGCGCUUUACAUGCACACCUGCUUGUAUUGGCUUUUUAUCCUUCCCCCUCCAAGGCAAGGGGGGAGCAUCCUGUGAACCUGGCUGAUGCUUUCCCCUCCCCCCUACCUGAAGCACAUGCCAGGUACUCCCUACCAGAUCAUGCUGGUUGCACUGGAAUGGCUGUGGCAGGCUCCAUCACAUUGCUUUAGUGACAAAGCAUGUCUGGGGAGCAUAGGGGGAGGAGCGGGUGCCGAGCCAAACUCACAAAGGGGCCAGGACUUGACACCCCGGUGGUGGGAACAGCAGCAAGGUGCCUUCCAGGUCCUUGCUCCAGUCUCCUGCUGAGAUAAACGCUGCCUAAUAGUGGAAGUGAGACUUAGGAAAGGAAAAGAGGUGCUGUGCCCCAGACGGGCUCAAACUGGGGUUGUGAUUUCGGAUGCUUUAAAAUGUACUUCAGUGUCAUUAUGGAACGAGAUUUUUAUGCAAAUUAAUUAAAGAAAAAUGACGUGACUUGUUCUUCAACAGUCUUUUGAGGCAGCUGGGGCUGAGUUGUUUCAGUGGCCAGAGUCGGGCUGGCAUGUGGGGCCGAGAUCUGUGUCUUCCCUGCACCCCUACCCCCAGUAUAGUUGUCUGGGUCCCACGGUGUUACCUCUUGUAUUACUGGCAUUCAUGAGCCCAUGUCAUCUGGCCAUACAGGCAUGUGCCUAGAAAUGGCUUGAGUUUUUGGGGGGGGAGGUGGCUGUGUCUGCAGCCCCUGCACGUGGCUAUAGCAGGAAAGGUGCUAAAAUGGAAAUAACAACUAAGUAGACUCCUUGCAUUUGGUCAGGCCUCUGGCUGCUCUGCUUUGCUUUGCUUUGCCUCGGCUGUGCCAGUUCGCAGGCGCUGUCUCUGGUGCAUAGCGUCUGCAUUGUGCGGGGCAGUUGUCCCUUUGUGCGGCAUCUCGCAAAAUGCACGAGCCGUGUGGCCUCUGCUGUUCCCCUGGAGUAAAGCUGGUGGAAGUCAGUGGAGUCGGCUGGUCCGACACGGGUUUGAACCUCUAGAAGACUCUGACCUGGUGCAGUUGCCCCUGGAAAGCAAGAUCAGAACAAGGAACUAGAGAGUAGGCAAAAGGAGAGGGAACUUCUUCAGAUCAGCCCGUGCAUGCCUCAAGUUGUAGGUUCGGCGUUGUCAGGCAGCGGAGAUUGUGCCGGCUAGAGAAGUCCAUUGUGUCUGGCCCUGUGUGCAGGGCGCCUCCAGGAACAGCUCCCCGAGGGACUCCUGUGCCAGUGUUGGCAGCUGGUGGAGCCCUGGAGCAGGGGAAUCCAAGCAGUGUUGGGCAUGCUUUUUUUUUUUCUUUUCCAUUUACUCGCAGAAAAACUAAUGACUUCUCCCUCGUGGUUCAGAUAAUUUCCCAAGUUGCCACUGUAUUUAUUUUCUCCAUAUGCUCUUGUGAAAUUUGACCUGUUCUGCAUUACACUCUGGAUUUCUUUCUUUUUAACCAUAAACUGCUGCCCUCCCCCCUGCUGUCAGCACGGCUACUUUAUUUCUAGACCAAAAGCUUUUUGGUCUGACUCUUCUGCCUUUUCCCUACCAAAAUGUUUUUAUCAGGGGAGCAGCUUGUUUUCUCACUCAGAUGCAAUCUUCUGUCCCGGGGCUGGAUGAAGCUGACCCUUGAGAUAAAAAGGUGCUGCUGUUCCUUUGUACCUGUUUUGGAAACAGAGGUACUGGUUUAAAAAAUGAAAAUAGCUGCAUACAUGUCACCUACAGCUGUGAAUCUGAACCAAGGGACCAGAGUAUUGCUCUUUUCUCUGGUAGAAAUAGAUGCAUCUCAUGACCACAUCUUCAAUAGAGAGCAAGCAUUUGGCUUUACUAGCUCCCAGAGAGGCCAGCGGUAAAAUGAGAAUCCUAGGGUCUUUCCUCUCAUUUAGUUCUUGCUCUUACCUGGUUCACAGCAGCUUUGAACUUAGAUUCUUCACAGGUGGUGGCGUGUGAGGAACAAAGGGUUGGAUGUUCCUGGCCUGUGUUGUGGAUUCUGGUAAAGGAUGGGGAGCUGCUUAGAAUUUGGGAUCCAAAUGGUGAAACCUCCCGUCUUCCAUCGGUUGACACAGUCGUGAAUUAGGAAAGUGGUUUGGAUCAUGGGAAACCCUCACGGUGCCCAGGAUGCAGCUUGGAUCCGUGUGGAAGAGCAGUUUGUAUUCUGAGGGCAGACCAUCUCUGGUACCAGCUAAAAUUGCCCCUAGGCUUUAUCUUACCGCAUUCUUUAUCUUCAUCUUACACGAGGAAUUAGGACCUGAUUUCUUGUGCUCUGUUACGUGCCUGGUUUGGUGCUAAGUGUGGGUGGUAGAUGGGAGCUUAUGGCCCAGCUGAGUGUGUGUGUGUGAAAGAAGUCUUGUUGGUGCUGACCUGCCUGGUAUUCUGUGGCGACCAGAGUCUUGGAACAGAAAGUUGUCACUGUUACACAGUGAUGCUCAGGUGGAUUUUCCUGGUGGUGAUGAAGAAGGACAUGGUUUAAGUUACUGGGUGCUGGAGGGAGGGCUGUGCUGAGCUGGAUUUCCUACUCUGCCCUUCUGCAUGCAAGUUCCUUGCCUUGCUCAGCCAGGGGAUGCUGUUGGUGCAGGCGAGGCUACUCUCACUUCCAUCCAGCCUGAAACGUCCCAGACUGGAACUGGCCCAGGUGCUCUCAGAGCAGGGGCAGCCUUGACUAGAUGGGGAGUAGCAGGGGUGGCUGGGAAAGCCUCAGGAGGGGGAGAGAAGGACCCACUCUCUGUACUUUCACUGCUGCCCAAGCCUCCUGCCAUCAUAUCGGCUCAUCUUAUGCUCAACGGGGAGCCACCGAGUUGGUUGUGGCCCUGUCCCUGCAUGUCGGUGACUUCAGAAACUUUUGUUCAGCCUCGUGAGGUGGGAGACUCGUGCCCUGAAGGGAGCUCCUGUUGUUUACCUUUGGACAGGUUGAAAUACUUAAAAUUUUGGACGUUUGUUUUUAAAAACAGAGAUCUGACUGCUGCAAAAAUUCCAGUGUCAACCCAUUUUCCUUCCAGGGGCCACGUGGGGUGGGGGGAGCUUGCCCGAGGGCUUCGCUGCCACCCUGUCCAGCUGGGAGGGUGCUUGACGGCUUUUAAAGCUGUUGUUGUUGCUUCCUUGCACCCUGCGCGUUCAGGGUGGUGCCCGCAUCGCAGGAUGUUGAGUGGGGGGAUACGCACAAGUGCUACACAUGCCUCAGAUCAGCCCCGAGGUUUGAUUCAAAUGUCACUUCUUACCCCUACGAAGCCAAAGAGCAAAAUGUUGUUUUCUGAUCUCGCACUCAGGGCUGCCUUGUGCUUACAAAGAUCGUUUUGGGGUUCCCUGCCCUCCUGCCGCCCCUCCUCCCCAUAAAAACUGCCUUCCUUUUUGCCCCCCCCCCUUACAAAAUGUGACAACUCCUCAGUAAGGGCUUCUUGUGGGUUAAUUAAUCUGGUUCCCAGGUGUUCAGUAUCUUGCUGUCAGGUAUGUUUCUCUGUAUUUAUCCACAUCAAUAAAAGUGUAAAGGCAAAGGAGUCAACCGAG